AUGGAAGUCGAGCAGCGGGCGCCGAUCCACAUGGCGCUCCUCAUGUCGUGCUUUGCAGGGUUUGGAGGUUUUAUCUACGGUUACGACACCGGCUACAUCUCGGGCGUCAAGGAGAUGCCCUACUUCCGCCAACUCUUCGGCGAGCUCGGCGCAAACGGCAAAUACUACCUCCCCUCGUACCGCGACUCGCUGAUCACCUCGAUCCUGUCCGCGGGGACAUUCGUCGGUGCACUCGCCUCCUACCCAAUCGGUGACUUUCUCGGACGAAGAUACGGCAUCAUGGCGUUCCUCUUCCUGUUCAGCAUCGGCGUUGCGUGUCAGACAGGCGGGACGACGCUGCGGACAUUCGUGGUCGGGCGGAUAUUUGCGGGAUUGGGAAUUGGCGGGACGAGUUGUUUGGUCCCGGUAUACCAGUCGGAGACGGCGCCGAAACACCUUCGCGGCGCGGUUGUCGGAGGCUACCAACUACUCAUUACAGUCGGCCUCUUCAUCGCCGCCGUCAUCGUCAACGGUACCAAGAACCGAAUGGACAUCUCGUGCUACGCGAUUCCGAUCGGGUUGCAGUUCAUUUGGGUCGCUAUCCUCGUUGUGGGUCUCGCCAUCCUCCCCGAGUCGCCACGGUACCUCAUCGCCGCCGGCCGCGAUGAAGCCGCCCAAGACGCCCUCUCCUGGAUCCUCCGCGCGCCUGUCGAAUCCGACAUAGUCGGCGAACACUACGCCGAGAUUGCCGCUUCAGUCCAUCACGUCCGCUCGCUCGGCGGGACUUCCUACGCCGACUGUUUCUCGAUGAUGAACCGGAAUCGGGUGCGGAGUUGGGCGGGAAUCGGCCUGCAGGCGUUGCAGCAGCUUGUUGGCGUCAACUUCAUUUUCUACUACGGCACGACGUUCUUUCAGAAUUCGGGGAUUCACGAUCCGUUCGUCAUCACUAUCGCGACGAACGUCGUCAACGUCGGCUCGACCAUCCCCGGCCUCUGGCUCACCGACAAAGCCGGCCGACGAACAAUGCUCCUCGUCGGCGCAGUCGGCAUGGCCGUCUGCCAUUUCAUCGUCGCGGGUUGCUCGACGGCCUUGUCGCAGGACAACGAGGCGGGUCAGAAGGUGUUGAUUGGGUUCGUGUGUGUGUUUAUCGCGUUCUUUGCGGCGACUUGGGGUCCGAUCGCAUGGGUUGUCACGAGCGAGAUCUACGCGACGGCGACUCGGGCGAAACAGAUGUCCAUGUCGGUCGCGUCGAACUGGCUGUUCAAUUUCGGUAUCGGUUACGCGACUCCUUAUCUCGUCAACACUGGCAAAGGAAACGCGGGUCUUCAGGGCAAGGUGUUCUUCAUCUGGGGCGGUGUGUCGUGCAUCGCGAUUCUGUUUGUGUACUUCUGCAUUCCCGAGACCAAGGGUCUCUCGCUCGAACAAAGUCCGCCUUCCAUUCACCCUCUCGACAUCCUGUACCGCCUGACCGGCAACGCGAUUCGGGCGACCAAGAUCCGCCGCGAACUCCUCGAGCGGGACAUCCAAGACGAGGAUACCGCCGCCUAUUUCUACGCCUUCAAGGAGCAACACCUCGGCUCUUCGCUGCACGAGCUCGAGCAGCACCAAGGCUCGUCGUCCGACCCGCAGCAGCCGCCACAUCACCAACUCCAGCUUCAGCAGGACGGCCUCGCACCGGUCGAGAGUCCUGCGGUCAAGAUGCGGGACUUGAACGAGGCGUGA